GGUGGCCAUGGGCUGCAGGACUAUAAAGAGGGGGUCCAUAGAGGAUGUGGCACCAGAUGGAGACCCAGACUGUGCAGCGGGAGCUGGAAACUCUUCCAACCACCAAGAUGGCUCAGACCAACCCUAUGCCAGGGUCCAUGGGACCAUGGAAGAUAACCAUCUAUGAUCAGGAGAAUUUCCAGGGCAAGAGGAUGGAAUUCACCAGCUCCUGCCCAAAUGUCUCUGAGCGUAGUUUUGAUAACGUUCGGUCCCUCAAGGUGGAGUGUGGCGCCUGGAUUGGUUAUGAGCAUACCAGCUUCUGUGGACAACAGUUUAUCCUGGAGAGAGGAGAAUACCCUCGAUGGGAUGCCUGGAGUGGGAGCAAUGCUUACCAUAUUGAGCGCCUCAUGUCCUUCCGCCCUAUCUGUUCAGCCAAUCAUAAAGAGUCUAAGAUUACCAUCUUUGAGAAAGAGAACUUUAUUGGACGCCAGUGGGAGAUCUGUGAUGACUACCCUUCCUUGCAAGCCAUGGGUUGGUUCAACAACGAAGUUGGUUCCAUGAAGAUACAAUGUGGGGCCUGGGUUUGCUACCAGUAUCCUGGAUAUCGUGGUUAUCAGUAUAUCUUGGAAUGUGACCAUCAUGGAGGAGACUACAAACACUGGAGAGAAUGGGGAUCUCACGCCCAGACUUCCCAGAUACAAUCAAUCCGCCGUAUCCAACAGUAGUAGAUCAAAAGUUCCAAAUUUCCUCAAGCAUGAAACCUUGCUAAAUAAACUCUAGAAUUUUAUGUUCUGCCCAGACACUGCUUCCAAAUGUUAGCUGCUAAAAUCCAUAAUAAAUGUCAUUUAAA